AUGACUCUAUCAACUCUUUACACCAAUGAUCAGUAUUUUGGCCCUUAUCUUCCAUCUCUUCUUCAUGAUAUUCCAACUCUGCGAAGGUUUGAUGUCCAAGUUGAUGAUGUUGGACCCCCCGCUGAUUGGGUGAAAAUCAAUGUUCGUGCAACAAAUGAUUCCUUUGAGGUCUAUGCACUGGUGCCUGGGCUUUCACUAGAUGAAGUACGGGUUCAAUCUGAUCCAGCUGGUCGUCUGGUCAUUACCGGACAGCCUAACCAACUUGACAAUUUUUGGGGUGUUACUUCCUUCAACAAGGUGGUCACCUUACCUGCUAGAAUUGACAAACUUCGGACACACGCUGAUCUAACCCUUCAUGGAUGUCUUCAUGUUCAUGUGCCCUUUGCGCAGCAAAAUCUCUGA